ACAGCGGUCAGAGACACGAGAGCUUUCGUUCCUAAUAGUGGGGGCGAUUCGACAGAAAGAUAAAGAAGGAAGGAAAAUACCGUGGCUAGAAGAGGGGAUUACGUUCUGUUCUCAUCGGUGUACGCGUUGAGGCGAAGAGGAAGAGAGAGUGAGUGAGAAGCAUUGCCAAGCGCACACGGUAUGAACGUCCAGUGGCAUGUUUCAAACACUCGACAUGCUUGUAGUUGGCGCGAGGUUGUAGUAUCGUCGAAACGAAAGAGUAGUUUACGCGUAUUCUUGGCACUUGGAACAACGGACUCGAGAGAGUGUAGAAUCAUUGCCGAAGCCAUGUUCAAUUCGAUCCAUCAACAGAGGAAAAGUGUCUUACGGUAACUCAUGAACAGUGUUUCCGCGUAAGUAGAGAGAGAGAAAAAAAAACGAAAGAACAAGAAAAAGAAGAAACGGAAUGAAAUAACGUGUGCGGGGGGGAGGGAGAAAAAACGCAAGGCGAAUUCUGACAUUCCUCGAAGGCGAACGUCGCUUGUUGAUUCGCGCUGUCUUUCGCUGACGACGAGCAGCAAGGUUCAAUGCGAGAAGGAAAAGGGAGCACACGGUGAAAUGUACUCGAUAGUACCGGCAUUAGCGUGCACUUCUUAAAGCGGGUCGCCAGACGCAGAUGCUAUCCCGUCUCUGCUCCGAGAAACUCGUUGUCGUUCCUGUUGCUUCAAAAGGAGAACGACGUGAUUGGUACGCGCCUGAACAAUUUGCCCGUCUUCCUCGAAAAUUUCAUCAAUGAAAAAGGGUGCAUCUGAACGACGUUAGCUGGAGAAGUGUUCGCCGUUUCGAUUACCGGCACGGUGUUGUAAGUAUUUUUCCGAGCGAUCCUGCUUCUCUAUGGCGUAAAACGGAUGAUUUACGUCCGUUUUAAAAUCGGUAGAAAUUAAAAGGACAUCGGCAAGUGAUGCUGUAAGCUCCUAUGAACAAAAAGGGAUAAGAGUGUAAAAUAAAAGUGAACGACGGAGUGAGACGGCACAGGAAGGGUGAAAGUGUUUUUCAGUUUCUUUUUCUCUACUAAAUUCGGUCGUCGACUGGUGGUGUGAAGGCUGUGUGCUAUUUUACAUAUAUCUCUUUUUCCAUCUCGAUAUUGCAAAGUGACCAGUGCAAAAAAAAAGAAGAUACAAGAUACGAUAAUGUAACGGGCAUUCAUACGGACGGUCUUGUACAAAUGUAGGACCCACGGUACCGUCUCAAGGCAAGAAUACCAACAGUGGACUUUUCUUCGACGGCCAGCUAUGUUAACGGUGGAAUUCCGCUCGAGAGGAAUCUGAAGGCGGGGACUCUGACGUCACUCCGCUCAUGAUAAUGAGCGUGUAUGUGGCACGGGGAGUGUGUGCACGCGCGCACAGAUAUGUGCCUGUCGACUGGUCGGUGAUAGAGAGUUUUGGAUGGAUUUAGAGCGCAGUGAAAUAUGCCAAGGAGACGGAAUGGGGAGAUACCGCUUCCGGAAGGGUGGGACGUCGCGCAAGACUUUGAUGGAAAAGUGUAUUUCAUCGAUCACAACACAAGAAAAACAACGUGGAUCGAUCCUAGAGACAGGUUCACGAAACCUCAAACAUUUGCGGACUGCAUUGGAAAUGAACUCCCGCUUGGAUGGGAAGAAGCUUAUGACAAACAUGUGGGCGCAUAUUACAUUAAUCACGUUAAUCAAACGACGCAACUGGAGGAUCCAAGGCAAGAAUGGCGAGCCAUUCAGGAGGCCAUGCUUCGAGAAUACCUUCAGACCGCACAGGACGUACUCGAGGCAAAAAAGGAGAUCUACGAUGUGAAGCAACAGAGGCUAUGUCUGGCCCAGGAUGAGUACAAUCACCUCAAUAACGCUUUAACGACGCUCGGCGCUUCGCGCACAAGUUUAUGCUCCAGUUCAAGUUCAUUGAGUACCAAGUACGAUCCGGAUCUGUUGAAAUCUGAUGUCGCACUCGCGAGGAGUCGAGUUUCCCGGUUGAAACGAGAACUCGAACAGAUCCGAGCUGAAAUGAACUGUACACAGCGAGGGGUGGACACUCUUGCAAGCGUCGAGCAGAAAUUGAGCGGACAUCAUGGUGGUUGCUACAACAUCACGGAGGCUCAGGCGAUCAUGACGGAGCUCCGAAACAUUCAGAAGUCGCUGAGCUCGGGCGAGAAGGAGAAAGCUGAGUUGAUGCAGUCUCUGGCUCAAUUGAAGGACGAGCUGACGAGACUGCAGCUCUGCGAAGGCAGUCCCGAGGCCAGCACGCUUAGCUUACCUCAGGAGAAGCUUAGUACAGCCUCUCAGACCGAUCUGUCCGGUGAAUUAGUCCCAAUUGGCACUCGUCUGGCCGAAAUGGCACGGAUGAGGCUGCAGUACGACGAAGCGAGAAAAAGGAUACAGCACAUACAGCAACAAUUAGCGGACCUUGAGGAAAAAGUGACACCUGGCCAGACAGAAAGCGACAAGGAUAAGUUGCUACUCUUUCAAGAGAAAGAACAGCUGCUGCGAGAGUUGAGAAGCAUCACGCCACGUACCAGAACGCAACAGGAUAUGAAAAAGAUCCAGAGUGAGAUCCGUCGCCUCGAGCAGGAUCUAAACAACGCGCUUGAAUUGUCGAACAAGACAAUUACAGAUCGCGUGCGACUGCACGAGGAGAAGCAACUACUGUUGCAACAGUUGAGGGACGCUUUACGCUCGAUGGCGAUGCUCGAGGGUCAAUUGAAGACUCUUAGCGCGAGCACGCUCUCGGUUAGCAGUAGUUCCAGCCUUGGAAGUCUCAGCACCACUAGCAGCAAAGGUUCGCUCAGCUCUGGACUGAGUUUCACCGAUAUUUACGGUGGUCCUCAAUGUCUCGGACCUGUCAGCUCCCAGCAGGAACGACCAGUUGACAUGGUCGAUUUGCAUAGACGGGUAGAAAGAUUGCUCAGAGGUUCGGAACAAAAUAAUCUCGCCAGUACACCAUCUCCGGGUCGAUCGCAGCCGAGCUUAUCACCAAGAUCGAGUUUGUCCAGCGUCAGUCCACCGGUUUCACCAUUGUACGAAAAUGCUCCGAUGGGCCCACCACCAGCUUACGAACACGUAGAGAUGCAGAGACGACAACAUCAGAGAGCUACGACCUCCUCUAAUGUUCACUUAGACGGAAGUCAAUUAGAGGAUCGUUUGGCGGAACUUAGGCUUACUCAACAACAAACGUCGUCUCACGAACAAUUCUGCGUUGGUCCUCAGGAUCGUCUUAAAUUAGUCGGUGGUCCACAUCCACCCGUCGAAUUACAGUCUGGUAAUAUGUCUCAAGGAAGCGGCCUUGGCAGGCCUGUAUGUGUUAUACAGCAUCAAGUGCCUUCGCAAGAACCACCGCCUCUUUCGCCGAUAAGCGAAACACCUCCUCCUACUGGUAUUCGUUCAAGAGCCAGCAGUUCUGGCACGAAUACCAGAUCCGUCUCUGCUGCUGUUUCCGACGAAAGUGUCGCGGGUGAUUCAGGAGUAUUCGAAGCUUCUAACCGAAGGAAAUUUGCUGGAGCGAUUGGCGAUGUCAAUUCGUUGUCGCUUGGCGAGAUGAGCUUGGAGACGGCACAGGUGCAAAUUAAGCUUAGAUAUUCUGUAAGUGAUGGUUUGCUCCAUGUUGGAAUUGAACGUGCCAGAAAUUUGGCUGCUCUUUUUAUACCUAACAAUGCGCAAGUGUAUAUAAAAGCUGCAUUGCUUCCGAUGCAACCGCCCGUUAAUCACAUGUGUUGUACAAAACCUGUUGUGGAUCUGCGCAAACCAACCUUCGGCGAAACAUUCCCGAUUGCAGUGCCACUCAACAAACUGUACACGAAGACAUUGCAAGUUAACGUUUGGUGUACGGGCAGUGAGUCUGAGGAGUGCUUGGGAUCCGCCCAAGUGUCCCUUGCAGACUUUAGUCCAGAAUCGCCAAGCGUAAAAUGGUACAACAUACUUUCCUUUCGCUUCAUGCAACCAUCCGACAGCCCAAGUACUAGUACCAGCAAUAGCAAUAGCAUCUCCAUCAGUGUAACGAGGCAGGCCAAACACGACAAACAAGAAUCAGACUUAUCAAUGUAUCGUGUUGGACAGAAUACAAAAGAAGAAAGCAGCGACGAGAGUACAAUUAUCAGUUCUCAAACGUCGACUUUGACAAGAAAUCAGGGAUGCGAUGAAUUGCAAACGGCAAUCUCGUUAAGGCUGGAGGAGCUAGCUAAUUGCUUGGGAAGUCCGGAAGAAGAGGAUGAGAAUGGUGGAAGUGAAAGCGGAAGUGAAGACAGUGACGAAGAAGGAAUUAUCGUGGAAUUUACGGUGGAAGAUAAUGUUCUAGAAGACGUAUUAGAACAUGAGGAGGAUGAAGAAUUAAACGAAGAAGCAAGGCAGACUCAGGACAAGGAAACCAAUACUGAAUGCGUCUUCAUUCCAGAACAAGGAAAACAGAGAAAACUUUCAGCGGCCGGUGUUGUUUCUAGCGCUAUGCACGACGACAAAAAUUCUAUAGUAAUCAAAAGAAGUCAAACGUUUUCACCCAGUGCUGCAGUCAGUAAAAAUCACUAUAUUUGUCGGUUGAAUCGAAGUGAUAGUGAUAGUAGUAUGCCACUUUAUCGCAGAGGCGGUCCUUUCCAACGAAAUUCAGUUGAAAGACGUUCCCUACGAUGGCGAAGACCUUUGUCUGCUCUCAGUUGUAAAACUACUUCGAAAAAAUCCACUAAUUUGCCACCUACCGCUAGAACCUCGUUAGAUCUUGAAUUAGAUCUUCAAGCUCAGCACGCUAGACUCAAUAACCUCCAAGACGAGUUGAGUAGAUUGCGAGAAUUAAAGCAAAGGUUAGAACAAGCGCGAGAGAAGGGAGACAUAGAUUUUGCAACAUGGUUGUUAGAGGACCACAAGUUCCAGAACCUAAUGGCACAAGCUGAAAGUGGGAAAAACGGCAAAAGUGCUGAGGAUAAAAGAGUAGAGAAAAUGCUGAAGAAAACUUCGAAAGAAAUCUACAAAUUACGGAAAACAAAAGCUGGGAAAGGGAAACCUGAUAUUAUUUCAUUCAAAGAAAAAAUGGCUUUCUUCACACGCGUUAAUCUCAAUGUUCCUGUACUUCCACCUGAAGAUUCACUGUGUGAAAACCCAUCGUCACCAUCACCAUCAUUUAUUCAGCACAGGAGACAUGCCUCGGAACCAGUUACCACAGAGUAUAUGGUUAAUAAGCUUGGUGCUCAAGGUGUUUUAAAUUUGACUUCGCGGUCAAAUAGUGUUCCUAGCGGGAAUGCGUCUAUGGUGAAGACUGACGGUGCCGCGACCAAUAACGCGACUACAGUCACAAACGUGAUCGAGGACGUUCCGGCGAACAGUACAAAUAAACCUGUGAACGCGAAAGGCCGAUCUACUGAGGCAAAUGUGCAUUGUCAAGAAAACGGUCAAGGUGGCGAGAAAUCAACCGAAGAAAAUGAUGGUGAAGAGCCAAGGAGGUACGAAUACGUAGUCGACAGAGUUCUCGGUGUCGAAGUGUAACGUUUACACAUCCAAUUACCUUUGCCGAUAGACAAGUCGUUUGAAUCUUGGGUACGAAUUAAUGCGUAACACAGUCCGGUGAUUUGCGGAAGAUUGAAAGAAAGAAUAAGAGUAUAUUGUUUCCUCAUUUUUUCGAAUUCCAGGUGCCAUGCACGAUGAUUAAAGAAAAACUAGACGGAGAAUGUUUAUUCAAGUAUAUUUGAACGGCACACAGAUAGUGAUGCUAGUAUAACUAGUACAACAAAUUGAUGAACAUGUUGCUGGUAUUUGUUAUUGUUUUCUUUCUUUUUUUUUUUUAAUUAUUGAUUAUCGAUGCGACAACACAAUACGUUAAGAGAGUCAUUACCUUAAGGAAGACUUUCGAAGCAAUAGAGAAAAAUGCGUGAAACAAGCGCUCUGUACAUACAAGAAUCAUAAAUUAUUUAAAUGAGAUUUUAUGUGAGGAUUAUUUAAUUUCGAUUGAAUUCCAUCGGGUUCCUCCUUUGCAUCCGGGUAUAUUGCUAGAAUAACAUCGCUUUGCUCGCUUUUUCUUGCAUAUUUCCUCGUCAGAGCAUACACGGCCCCACCGAGCAGCUGGACUGCGAUAUUGAACAUAUAAUAAACGAAGAAAAAAAAAAAAAAGUAAAGGGAAAGAGGAAGAAGUUAUCGCCCUGGUUGGCUGAACUCUGCCUCAAUUCCAUUACUGCCAUUUCGUAACGUGUUCGCGUUAUUAUGCGUUUAACGAGGAGUUGAGUUUCCGUUUUAAUUAGAUAAUUCUCAAUCAUCUCAAAAAAUGUUACAAGGUGUAUUAACAUCGUAAAACUAUUUGUACUCUUGAUAAAAAAAAAGAUAUAAUGAGAUCGUAAAAUUAACCGGGACAAAAAUUAGAAAAAAUAUUAAUUAUCAUGAAAUUAAAAAAAAAAAACGACAGUGUUAAUACUAUGUACUUCUAACAGAUUCUAAUUGAUCAGCUAGACCAAUUAGAUCAAUUAUUACGUAUACUUAUGACCUCAUUAUAUGACAUGAUACAUAUUGAUACAAACGUCUACAUCUAUAUGUAUGUAAUAUUUGUAUUAAUCUUUGGACUACGGAUGUUCAUGCAGCGUCGCGGCGUAUGAUUAUUUUGAUCCACCGUUCGUAUAAAUUUUCAAACAUUUUUAGUGCAAAAUUUGCUGUUAUCUUUUAGCUAUUUUAAAAACAUUAUUCGUGAUAUUAUUUGAAUGUAUAAUUUUUUAUAUUUCCAUCAGACGAUUACAACAACAGCCGGGUCAAAAUAAUCUGAUAUUCUUUGAGCGAAUCCAAACAACGAGCCAUUAAUAUUUUAACAAUUGUAGGAAUAAAUAGAUGUACGUAUUGUUAGUAAUACGAGCAAAGCGAUUGAUCCAAUACAUUUUAUUUUUUAAUAUAGCAUGUACGAUUUUCUUUCUUUAAAGAUGUUAUUUCGUCGAAGCGGAAUUUAUGAUAUAAAUAAUAAUGCUUGUUUUUAAAAAAUUAAUUCAAAAGCACCGAGAGAUUACGAAAAUAAUGUUACAAAACACGAGAAUUAAACAUUAAUUUUUCUGUACGAUUGUUUUUUGCGUGUAUAUUGAGGAACCUGGUAGAGAUUGAAUUCUCUUCUGGAGAUUAAUGAAAAUCUUCCAGACAACAAUUAUGUAAAUAACUCUGUAUAUUUGCAUCGACAAUCAUGUUUAUGCAUCUAUAAAAUAUAAAUAUACGUAGAUACGAAUUAUAUACUUAUAUCCAUGUAUUUACGAGUGCGUGUGUGUGGGCAUAUAUGUUGCAACAUGCGUUGUGCAUGUGCAUGUAUGUAUGUAUCUAUAAUGCAUAUAGGACAGAGAAAAAUUCGAUUAAUUUGUGUAUGGUCCGUGGAUGCAUAUUUUUAUAGUAAAAUAUGUGUAUACAAUUCGUAUAAUAGCUUUUGUUACUUCUUUGACAAUACAGAGGAAGAAACGGAAGCUUCUUGUGUAGAAUUACGCUAUCAAAGGACCUAUUACAUCUGUAUGUAUUUAAUUAAUAUGUUGUAUUAACGUAUUAUAUACCAACGUGACGUUUUGUCUUACUCUGUUGAAUCAAGUAUAACAAUGAUGUCAAUGACAAAUUCUAAACAAUAUUGGGCGAUGAUGGUCACGAAGUGCGAUUAUGAUAAACGGUAGUAAAAUAAAAAAAAAAAAACAACGAUAAUGCUGUUAAUAACGGUAUCAAUGAUAAUUGCGGCAAUGAGUAUAAUGAAAUAUGAAUCAUGGUACUGAUAUCGAUAAGAAUAGUAGUAACGGUAAUAAUAAGUUCGUAAUGAAAUAUACACAUACAUAAACACGUACAUCCUUCGAGAAACAACUACAUUAUGACUUGUAAGUAAUGAUAAUGAUUUAAAUGGUAGUGAUUCAUAUGAUAACGAUUAAAAGAAAAAAUACAGUAUA